AUGGGCAGUGGUAAGAAUAAUCGAAGAGUUGCUUCCGGAAUCAAAACAAGGUCCAACGGAGAUGACACUACUGAACAGAGUUUGGCUCUGGCCACCACACUUCCCGGAGAAGGCGGCGGCGCCGCAAUCCACGCGCCGAUCGUCUCCUCCUACAACGACCGAAUCCGGCCACUCCUCGACGCCGUCGACCGUCUCCGCCACCUGAAAAUCACGUCUGAAGGCAUACAGCUCCCAACCAUCGUCGUCGUCGGCGACCAAUCCUCCGGCAAGUCCAGCGUACUGGAAUCCCUCGCCGGAAUCAGCCUCCCCCGCGGCCAAGGCAUCUGCACCCGCGUCCCGCUCAUCAUGCGCCUCCAGAACCACCACAGCCCCACCCCGGAACUCUUCCUCGAGUUCAACGGCAAAACCGUCCCCACCGACGAGUGCCACGUGGCCGACGCGAUCGUCGCCGCCACCGACGAAAUCGCCGGCAACAGAAAGGGAAUCUCCAACCACCCACUGACCCUGAUCGUGAAGAAGAACGGCGUCCCUGAUUUAACCAUGGUUGAUCUGCCCGGAAUCACUAGGGUUCCAGUUCAGGGGCAGCCCGAGGACAUUUACGAACAAAUCUCUAAAAUAAUCAUGGAGUUUAUCACACCGGAAGAGAGUAUAAUCCUAAAUGUUCUGUCCGCAAGUGUCGAUUUCACCACGUGCGAGUCGAUAAGGAUGUCUCAGAAGGUCGACAGAACCGGACAGAGAACACUCGCUGUCGUAACGAAAGCCGAUAAAUCCCCCGAAGGCCUCCUCGAGAAGGUCACUGCGGAUGACGUCAGCAUCGGCCUCGGCUACGUCUGCGUCCGAAACCGAAUCGGAGAAGAGUCCUACGAGCAGGCGCGUGUCGAAGAGACGAAUCUUUUCAACACACAUUUCCUCCUCUCUCGGAUAAGCAAAUCCAUGGUCGGAAUUCCUGUCUUGGCGCAGAAGCUUGUCCAAAUUCAGGCGACCCUAAUAGUGAAAUGCUUGCCGGACAUUGUUCGGAAAAUCAAUGAUAAGCUCACUUCGAAUAUCGAGGAUUUGAACAAGCUCCCGCAGAAUCUUUCCUCCAUUGCCGAAGCCAUGACGGCUUUCAUGCACAUUCUUGGCUCGGCGAAGGAAUCUUUGAGGAAGAUUCUCUUGCGUGGAGAGUUCGACGAGUACCCCGACGAGAGUGAGAUGCAUUGCACCGCAAGGUUAUCCGAAAUGCUGAAUCAAUACUCCGAAGAGAUGCACCGGAAAAGCGGGGAACAAGAAUCGAAAACCACUUUCUUGAUCGACGAAAUGAGGGUUUUGGAGGAGACUAAAGCAAUUGGGCUCCCGAAUUUUCUCCCUAGAGGCGCUUUUCUCACUCUCCUCCAAAAAAAGGUUAAAGGGAUUUAUAUUACGCCGUUCGAGUUUGUCGAAAAAACAUGGGGUUACAUAGAAAACGUAGUCGUUUCCGUCUUAAUGAAGCAUUCCGAAAACUACCCACAACUCCUCUCCUCAACAAGAAGGGCGGCCCAAAGCUUCGUUGCCUUGAAGAAGAAGCAAUCGGUCGAUUGGGUUAGUGAUUUAGUCGAGAUGGAGAAGCUCACCGACUACACAUGCCACCCCGAGUACGUCUCUCUAUGGAACAGCCUCAUGGCCCACCAAAACGCGUUCAUGGAAAUUCUCAACCACCACUCGGAGCCGACCGAAAUGCGGAUCGACGGAUUUGGAGAUGUGGACGUGGCGCAUCUGAGGGGAAAUGUGGCUCAAGUGCAGGAAGCGUUCGAUUUGAAGAUGAGGUUAACGGCUUACUGGAGUAUUGUUCUGAGGAGAAUGGCGGAUUGCAUGGGGCUGCAUUUGCUUUUCAGUAUUCAUAACUUGGUGAACAAGGAAAUGGAGAUACAGAUAAUUAACGAGAUCAUCGGAGCCGACGGGAACGGGUUGCAGAGGAUGUUGGAGGAGUCGCCGGUCGUUGCCGAUAAACGGAAGAGGUUGAAUAAUAGUGUUAAGCUGCUCAAGGAGUCCAAGGAAGUUGUUGCAAAGAUUAUGGAUAAUAUUGCAACUCUUGCUCUCUAGAAAAUUACGCCAUGCAUGC